CAUUUGUUGCGCCAUAUAAUUAAAUAUACGUUUUCGUUUUGGCCUCAACUUGAGCGGGCUUAAAGGCCGUAGGAGGGAAAGUUCUAACCUGCAAGCGGGUCAAUCGGAAGCAGACCAAAGGCCAGCGCCAACGUGCCCCCCAAAACGAGCGGGCUCACUCACCAGUUGCUCCCCAGUCGGUGACGAGACGUUGCCGCUCCGCUUUCUGCAGCCGCAAACAGCUGUUGCCGAGCAUUUCCUGCCACCGCUGCAACCCACACCUACCCCACAGCACCGCCAUAACCUACCAAGAUGCGUCUUCAAGCUACCUGUCUGCUGGCCCUGGUGGCUCUGCCAACGCUGUGUCUGGGCCUUCUCGAUGGCCUGUACUGCGGCAAGGAAGACUGCUACGAUGUGCUCGGCGUGACACGUGAGUCGUCCAAGUCGGAGAUUGGCAAGGCCUACCGCUCGCUGGCGCGCAAGUACCAUCCGGAUCUGCAUCGCGGCGCCGAGGCCAAGGCCCUAGCGGAAGAGCAGUUCAAGCUUCUGGCCACUGCCUACGAGAUCCUUCGCGACGAGGAGUCGCGCAAUGAUUACGACUACAUGCUGGACAACCCGGAUGCGUACUAUGCCCAUUACUAUCGCUACUACCGCCGCCGCGUGGCACCCAAGGUGGAUGUGCGCAUUGUGAUCGUGGUAGUGCUGACGAUUAUAUCGGUAAUACAGUACUACUCCGGCUGGCAGCGCUACGACUCGGCCAUCAAGUACUUUGCCACGGUGCCCAAGUACCGCAACCAGGCGCUAGACAUAGCGCGCGAAGAGAUACAGGAGCGCAUCCAGAAGAAGGGUAAGAACCGCAUGGCCAAGACCGACCAGAAGGAAGAGCUGGAGCGCAUAAUACGCAAGGUCAUCGAGGAGAAGAUGGACGUGCAGGGCGGCUAUGCGAAGCCCACACUGUGGGACGUGCUCUGGGUGCAGCUGCUCAUUUGCCCCUACACGCUGCUUACGUUCAUCGUGUGGCAUGGCCAGUGGUUCUGGCGCUAUACGUUCCUCAAGCAGCCGUACGGCCGCGACCAGAAACUGUAUCUGGUGCGGCGAUACCUUAAGAUGGGCCAUCAUCAGUUCAAUGCGCAGCCCGAAAAACAGAUCGAGGAGUAUCUGCAUCUGGAGCUGUGGAAGCGCGACAAUUUCGAGGCGUGGAAGGCCGAACAGGACGAGGAGAUGAAGAAGAAGCUGGCGGAGAAUCCACGCUACAAGGCCUACAGGCGCUACAUGAAGAACCAUGGCCCCGGACGCAUCACCUUCGAGGAUUAGCUAGAGCCCAGCCCUUAGCUCCCCACACACACCGAUGUUCAAGUUUUAUUGUUCCAUCAGUAAUCCAACCGACUCCCUUAGACUUUCCCCCCUCCCCGCAAACACUCGUUUUUAUAUA